UGGGCCCCACGAUGUUGUGUACGUGCUCCUACGGCUGCUGAGAUUGAAUGACUGGCGGAUAUGUCUAACGGGAAGACGUUGACGUAUCGAUACGAAUACACCGGGACUCCAACCGAAGCUUGGUAACGUAUUAUUGGUUCGGCGGCGCAUCUAGUACAAAAACUCAGAGCAUCAAAGAGCAUUGUCGAUUUGUUGUAAACGCACUUCGUGGUGUUCGAUGGCCUCACAGAUACCAAAGCAUGCUCAAAUCCUUGUCGUUGGCGGAGGUCCCGCUGGCAGCUAUACCGCCUCGGCCCUGGCCAGGGAAGGUCUCGACGUCGUGUUAUUGGAGGCUGCCCAGUUCCCUCGGUAUCACAUCGGGGAGAGCCUAAUUCCCUCAGUUCGUCACUAUCUCAGGUUCAUUGACGCGGAGCAAAAAUUAGUCGAGAUGGGGUUCAAGCAUAAGCCCGGAGCUGCAAUGAAGUUCAAUCGAUUCAAACGGGAAGGAUACACUGACUUCGUUGCGCUUGGGCAUACUAAUAGUUCAUGGAACGUAGUGCGCUCAGCAUUUGACAAGAUGUUGCUUGACCACGCGACAUCCUGUGGAACAAAGGUGUUUGAACGAACACGAGUGAAUACCUUCCGUUUCUCUGCAGCUGAGCCUUCCAGACCUGUGACUGCCGAAUGGCUAUGUGCUGCAGAUGGAGAAACUGGAGUGAUUUCAUUCGAUUAUCUUGUUGAUGCAUCCGGGCGCUCAGGGCUGAUGUCUACCAAAUACUUACACAACCGUCAUUUGAACGCAUCGUUGAAGAAUAUUGCGCUGUGGGGUUACUGGGCGGGAGUCGAUACAUAUGGCAUGAAUACCCCAAGGGAGGGUGCCCCUUGGUUUGAGACACUGACAGACGAAUCCGGCUGGGCUUGGUUUAUUCCUCUACACGAUGGCACAACUUCAAUAGGCGUCGUUAUGAAUCAAGAUGUUUAUAACGAGAAAGUUCGUGCCUUGAAAGGCAGUUCUCUGGAAAAUCGCUAUCGGCUUUUCAUAACCCUCGCCCCAGCACUAGUCAAGCUUAUUGGAACUGGCAGGAUAGUACCAAAAGAAGCUGCUGGGGAGAAACCUGGGCAGCUUGACCAACUGGUACGAUCAGCGUCUGACUUCAGCUACUCCGCUUCGAGCUACGGGGGACCUGGUUUUCGUUUGGUUGGGGACGCUGGUGCGUUCAUAGAUCCCUUCUUCUCCUCGGGGAUACACCUCGCAACGACCUCCGCACUAUCAGCAGCAGUAUCCAUAUGCGCUGCAGUCCGAGGAGAUUGUUCAGAAGCCGAAGCAGCCGCAUGGCAUACGAAAAGGUUUUCACUGAGCUACACAAGAUUCCAGAUAGUCGUGAUGAGCGCCUAUCAACAGAUACGAUCUACAGAUCUUGAUAUUCUGAGCGACAUCGAUGAGGACAAUUAUGAUCGGGCAUUCGCUGCCAUUCGACCAGUAAUCCAGGGUGCAUCGGAAAUGGGGAGUCGGUUGAGUGAGAAAGAGCUCCAGAGUGCACUACAGUUCUGCAGCAAGUGCUUUAACCCGACGUCGCCUGAGCACCUUGCACCCCAUUCGAAAGAAGCCCUUCCAAAGGAUAUGUUCGAUGUUACAGCCCCGCUCAUGGAUCCACACGCUAUCGAAAGCAUUAUCUCGAAGACUUUCAAGCAGAUGAAUCCAAAAGGCGACCAGGACUUUCGUAGACCUGAGGAAGAUCUGAAACUCGCUCUGGAUCAAAUCAAUGGCCGAAGAGUCGUGCAUCGCGAGUAUGCUAUCAAUAAUCUCGAGGCUGAGGAUGUGAAUGGGUUUGUUGUGAGGUUGCGGAGAGGACAUCUCGGAUUGAUGCGCACGUAGUUGAUUGAUAAUCGUUGCCCGAGCCGCACGGGCCCGUGGACGUCGGUCCGACAUCUUCGUCAAGACGCAUCUGAAACGGCCGGCGGGAACGGCGGACCUGCGGAGGGGGAGGGGCAAUUACUCGGGGCAUUUGCGAACUUGGGCCAAU